AUGACUAAUGGACUCUCAAACACUCGAAAUCAUGCUUCUAGCUCGAGUGCAUCUACUAAAGCUGAAAAACGAAAAGAGUAUCAAAAAAGAUACUAUGCUGCACGCAAAGAAAAUAACAAAGUAUCUAAAUUUGGGAGUGGUGAUGCCCCCCAAAGUGCUUCAUCAAUAUCUUUAAUGAAUAAUAGGUCAACAGAAAGGACACCGUUAAGAAGUUUACAAACUAAUAUUACUCAAUUUCUACAAACAACAAAUGAGAACGCCUCAAGUGUUUCUACUACAAAAUGCAAGGAGUACAAUGAAGGAUGUUCUAAUACACCAAACGAUAAUGGAAUGCGUAUUUCAAAUGGCAGUCAAGUCAACCAAACCCCGAUAGAUGAUGUAAUUGACGUAGUCAGGCAUAGAACAUCACGAGGUAUUCAAAUUCAUCCGCGUACUUUAUUACCCCAAUUUGCUGAAGUAGUUGAUCAACCUUCCCUCCAACAUGGGAGCGUAGAAGAUGAUCCUUAUAAUUUUGUUUACAAUGGUGUACCUGGAGAGCAUCGUGUUUUAAAGGAACGAGCCGCAUGUCCUAAUUGUGGAGCAAAACGAUUUCAAUUUGAAUUUGAUACCUUUUGUUGUAUGAGUGGGAAAACCUUGUUAGCAAACUUAGAAAUUCCAGAGGAAUUGUACCGACUUUUCACGUCUCAUGAUGAGCCAGGGGUUGUUAUUAAUGAGAUAAAAAGAUUUCAAGAUGCACGCUACAUAUCGCCCCCAGAGGCUAUGUGGCGAAUUUUUUCCUUCUCUCUUUCUCAAAUCUUUCCUGCUGUUCUAGCCUUACAACUUCAUCUCCCAAAUAAUCAGAUGGUUAGAUUUAGAGAUGAUGACUUGAUGCCUAAUAUUGUUGAUAGGGAAAGGGAUAAGAGAACCAUGCUAACAGCAUUUUUUGAUCAGAAUAGAAACGAUGAAACAGCAAGGGUACAUUUGUAUAAAGAUUUUCCAAAACACUAUACUUGGAAUGGAAGCACACGCCGUUGGAGUCGUCGUUUCGGUAAAAAACAAAGAGGUCGUAUCGUUUCCGCUAAUCCAGCCGAAGGAGAAAGGUACUACUUACGCCUACUUUUGUCAAAUGUCAGAGGGCCUACUUCUUUCGAACAUCUUUGCACAGUUAAUGGUCAACGGUGUGCGACAUUUCGGAAAGCAGCUCUUGAGUUAGGCUUAAUAGAAGACGAUGAAUAUCUAUCACAAUGUCUCGAAGAAGCCUCUACGUUUCAGUUUCCCAAUGCUCUUAGAAGGUUAUUUGCGACCAUAAUGAUUUUUUGCCAACCUGGAGAUGUUCGAAAGUUAUGGAAUGACCACUUUGAUUCACUAUCUGAAGAUCAUCGGUUACACUGUCAAAGUAUAGAACGAGUUCAAAAUAUGGUUCUUACCGAAAUAAGUGUCUUGGUACAAUCCAUGGGUAAAAAUUUCAAUGAAUUCGACCUUCCUAAGAUAACUGACGAUGUUAACUUACAAGAUGCAGGUUAUCGUGAGUUACAAGAAGAGUAUGGGAUUGUUUUGGAACCUGAACACUUGAGUGCCAAACAUUCACUUAAUCCGGACCAAAAAAAUGUGUUUGAUGAGAUCAUGAUGCAUGUUGAUAAUGAUCUUCCAGGCGUGUUCUUUAUUGAUGGUCCAGGUGGAACUGGAAAAACAUUUUUGUACAUUGCCUUGCUUGCUGAAAUUCGGUCACGUGGUCUUAUUGCUCUCGCAACAGCUUCAUCAGGUGCAGCGGCUAAUAAUAUGCCAGGAGGUAGAACGGCUCACUCGAGAUUCAAGAUUCCUCUUAAUCUUGAAAAUAAUUCAAUGUGCAAUAUUAAAAAACAGAGUGGGGCCGCUAAACUGAUUCGCUCUGCCAAAAUAAUCAUAUGGGAUGAAGCGUCGAUGGCUAAACGACAAGCGAUAGAGGCAGUCGAUCGUACAUUCCAAGACAUUAUAGGUGUUAGUCUCCCAUUUGGUGGAAAGAUAAUGGUUAUGGGAGGUGACUUCAGACAGGUGUUGCCGGUUAUCAAACGUGGCACUCGAGCACAGAUUGUAGACUCCAGCGUACGAAUGUCACCUCUUUGGUCUUUGACUAAGAAGAUGCGGUUGACCAUAAAUAUGAGAGCGCUGAAAGAUCCAUGGUUUUCUAAAUUUCUUUUAAGAGUCGGCGAUGGAACUGAAGAACCAAUCGAAGGAAACUAUAUCCGCAUACCCGAUGACAUGACAAUUCAGUGCAACAACAAAGAAAACGCUAUAAAAGAAUUGAUCCAUGCCAUCUUUCCAUCAAUUGAAGAUAAUGUAUAUUCUUCAGAUUAUAUAAUCUCUAGAGCAAUAUUGUCCACUAAAAAUGAUAGUGUUGACGAGAUUAAUAAUCAAAUGAUUGAAAUUUUUCAAGGGGAGGAAAAAGUUUAUUACAGUUUUGAUGAAGCUGAAGACGAUCAGCGCAACUUCUAUCCGGUCGAGUUCUUAAAUUCGCUAAAUGUUAGUGGAUUGCCGCCUCAUAAGCUUCAUUUAAAAAUUGGAUGCCCAAUAAUAUUGUUACGUAAUAUCGAUCCAUCACAUGGCCUGUGUAAUGGCACGCGGUUGAUAUGUAAGGGUUUCAUGCGAAAUGUUAUUGAUGCGGAAAUUGCAGUUGGUCAACAUGCCGGAAAAAGAGUUUUUUUGCCAAGAAUCCCUCUAACCCUUUCUGAAGAUGACAUGUUCCCAUUCAAGCUGAAAAGAAAACAAUUUCCAAUUCGACUUAGCUUUUCCAUGACGAUUAAUAAAGCUCAAGGUCAAACAAUUCCGAACGUUGGUAUUUAUCUACCGGAUUCUGUAUUUUCACAUGGACAACUUUAUGUCGCGUUAUCAAGAGGGAUUUCAAGACAAAGUACGAAGGUGUUGGUACAUCUCGCCAAAGAAUUCAAACAACGCGGAGUUUACACAUCAAAUGUUGUCUACCAGGAAGUGUUGCGUGAUUAA